GACGUAGUUGCAACGGGCACUAGACAGGAGCCUCCCCCAGGCUUGACAACUCGGCGAAAUAAACAUGACGUUGUUGACAAUUACGACAUUUAAGAUGAAGUAAACCUACAAUCACACCGUUCGAUACAUUGUGGUGGUUGGACGCUGUCUACGACAUUCUUGGAAGCGCAUUAUAUUCUCAAGUGGAGAAGAAGAAGAAGGGAAGUUUGAGCUGAAAUGCCUCUACUAUUUCUGGAGCGGUUCCCAUGGCCCAGUCUGCAGACUUACACGGCGUUGACCGUGGCUCUGCUGGCUGGCAGCAUCUUCAGCGCUUACACGACCGUGACAGACCCAGCCUUUGGGUCCUUGGAAGCGGACGAGACUCCAACCCCCACUGAAGUGGAUCUAGAUGACCUAAAAAAUGAUAUUAGUAGCACAGAACUAGCAAGCACUGUCUUGUGGUAUUUGGUCACUGACAGCCUCUUUGUAUGGGUGUUAGUGAACACAUUCUGCUGCUCUUUAAUGUUAAUCGCUAAAAUGAUCCAGUACGUGGUGUUUGGUCCACUCAGAGUCAGUGAGAAACAGCACCUGAAAGACAAGUUCUGGAACUUCAUUUUCUACAAGUUUAUAUUCAUCUUUGGCGUGCUGAACGUGCAGACUGUAGAUGAGGUGGUCAUGUGGUGUCUGUGGUUCGCCGCGCUGGUCUUUCUUCACCUUAUGGUGCAGCUCUGCAAAGACCGAUUUGAAUAUCUGUCGUUCUCUCCCUCCACUCCCAUGAACAGUCACGUGCGAGUGAUGUGUCUCCUGGUCUCCCUUUUGCUGGACUGCUGUGGUCUGGCUGUGGUCUGUGGCCUGUUGGGAGCAUCCCAUGGUAUGCACACCCUGUCUUUCAUGGCCGCAGAGUGUCUGCUGGUGACCGUUCGCACAGGGCACGUCAUUAUGCGGUACUCCAUACACCUGUGGGACCUGAACCAUCCAGGGACAUGGGAGAGUAAAGGAACCUAUGUUUACUAUACAGACUUCACUAUGGAGCUGGCUAUGCUCUUUCUAGACCUCAUGCAUCAUAUCCAUAUGCUGCUUUUCGGGAACAUCUGGCUGUCCAUGGCGAGUUUGGUCAUCUUCAUGCAGCUGCGUUAUCUCUUCCACGAAGUCCAGCGCCGCAUCCGUAGGCACAAGAACUACCUUCGUGUCAUCAACAACAUGGAGGCCAGAUUUGGUGUUGCGACUGCAGAGGAGCUGGCAGCUAAUGAUGAUGAUUGUGCCAUCUGCUGGGAUACCAUGUUGACAGCACGCAAACUUCCCUGUGGUCACCUCUUCCAUAACUCUUGUUUGCGAUCUUGGCUAGAGCAAGACACGUCGUGCCCCACGUGUCGCACUUCCCUGAACAUUAGCGGGGAAAAUGACCAGGCGAGAGGCCAAGGCCAGCAGCAGGGAGCGGGCAUGGAAGACAACGGGGGCCCAACUGGAGCGGCUGCAGAUGCAAGACCUCAUAUGAGUCAACACAACCACUUCUUCCACUUUGAUGGGUCUCGUAUUGCUAGCUGGCUUCCCAGUUUCUCAGUAGAAGUGAUGCACACAACCAACAUCUUAGGAAUUGCUCAGGCUAACAACUCUCAGCUGACAGCAAUGGCCCAUCAGAUCCAAGAGAUGUUUCCUCAGGUGCCCUCUUACCUGGUCAUGCAAGACCUGCAGCUGACCCGCUCUGUGGAGGUCACCACGGACAACAUCCUGGAGGGUCGUAUCCAGGUGCCUUUCCCUCCACCUGCACAGGCCUUAGAGCGCAACCCAUUGCAGGUGACUCAUGCACCGGAAGAGCAGGCGGGGCCCAGUGGAGCCGCUGAGGGGCUCAGCGAGCCUGACAACAUGGAAGCCCGAGGCGGUCGCUUCUCCAAGUCGGCCGAGGAGAGGCAGAAGAUGUUAAAUCAACGGAAAGAUGACAUGGUCCAGCAGGCACGCAGAAGAUAUCUGACAAAGAGUCCAGAGGAUCAGGAUGAGGAUGUUCCUGGACUGGAGGAAGAGGAGGCGUACUCUUUCCCAAGUCUUGACUCCACAACGCUGCGACGUAGAGCCAUGGCGGCAGCUGCAGAGAGACGCAUGCAACAAGACACUGCACCCUAAAAACACAGCUAGAAACCUCAGCGUCCACUACAAGGCAUGACAGUGUUUUUUUUUUUUUAAUCCUCCAUUCGUUGUACAGUCGACGGUCAUCACAUAUUCAAACAAUAAUCAAAAGAACAUUGCAAACACAGCCUUUGGACUGGUCCGCCUUGCCUGAAUAAGGACGGACUAUCAAGACGGGCCUUUGUGUCACUAUUACAGCUAAACUUCUCUGAGCAUUGAGUAUCUUGCCUGUGCGCGCCAAUGCUCUUCGUGUACGUGCCAGACUUGGGCUUGACAGUAAACCAGGAUGUGUGCCAGCUGACAUAAAAAAGAGCAUGUUUUGCUUACACAAGAAGCUUUUCUAGAGAUGUUUCGGUCUUCAUUUUCCUUUUUAGGAUUCUAGUGUUUUUUGUUUGCAUUUGCUCUCCACCUGCAGUCUGGUUGGGAAAAACAACACAUCUGUAAUAGUGUGUUAUUUAAUGGAUUCCAACUGUCAACUAAGUAGGCAAAAAUUACAAUACAUUUUUUUCCUUCUUACCCUUGUGUAAGAGAAUGUCACUUUAGUAUUAAUCAGCCUUUCAGUCAAACGAAUGUUUUUAUUGCUGCAAACAAAAGUAUUCCAACCCAAGCGGGUUGAGGUGUAUGCAGUGCAUAAUUUAACCAGCAGGGGAGUAUAGGAGGCAUGUACAUUUUCUUUUCUAGUAGUCUAGACAACAAAGGGGAAGUAUUCAAUUUUGUAAAAGAUGUGAUGGGUGUCUUUCCUUCAGUUACUCUCUGUGAAUAAGAAAAUAUUUUACAAUGA